AUGGAAGGAGGGGGAAGCGGUUCCUCCGUGUACGAGGUCGACGACACAGCGGCGUCGCUCGCAGGCGAUCCGACGACUGUAGCGACAGUGCCACGGGGUCAGGUGCGGAAAGUCAAGAACAGGAGUGGCCAGGAGGAAGACAAAGUCGUUCUAAAACUUCGCGCCUGCAUCUCCUGUCGCCUCAUCAUGAGCGAGCAGCAGUUCUACGACGAAGGCUGUCCGAACUGCGGGUUCCUUCAAAUGGACGGAGACAGGCACCGCGUGUGGGACUGCACGACUGUUAAUUUUGCGGGAUUCGUGGCGAUCAUGAAGCCCAUGGCCUCCUGGGUCGCUCGCCACAACAAACUGACGGAGGUCGUUCCUGGCUGCUACGCGGUCUCCGUCGUCGGCGAGCUGCCCGAAUCCGUCAAGGAUGAUGUCCAUCGUGCGUCUCACUACGCGGAUUGA